CUACCCUAACGGUUGGCCACACAAACACGCCGCUCUCAGUUCGAAGUCUCUGGAUCUUCCGUUUUUGUCUCUUUGAGAACGCCUACGAUGGAAGGUUCCCCUCCCUCCUGGCUUCCAUUCCCCCAAUUCCUCGCCGCGCCCAUCCCGCUCGUCAGCCGCCGACGAAAACUUUCCCUCCUCGGCCUCCUCCCGUCAGCCUUGGUUCCUUCGCCGCCGAUGAGCAAAACCCUAGUAAUUGGCGUAGUUAGAGAAAUUGGCAUUUGGCUUCCUCUCCAGUCAGACUUCCGAACACUGGCGUAAUUGGCAAAGUCAAUGUGAAGAAGAGAAACCUCAGCAAUGGGCAAAUCCCUAACCUUGUCCUACUUUUCAUUCACAUCCAACUUCCUCUUCUUCACAUUCCAAUUUCCGUGGCGAGAGGGUGACAGAAGAUCAAUUCUUAGGUUAGAAUUCACACUCUUUCUUCAUUUCAUUUUUUUAUCAUCAUACCUUUUCUCUCUCUUUUUAAUGUCUAAAUUAUUACACUUAUUAACUGUUGUAUAGAAGACUUUUGUGUGUGGUGUGAUGAUAUUGAGUAUAUUUUGUAAGGGAGUGGAUCAAUUUUAGGGUUUGCAUCAUUUGUUUUGAGAAGCGGGUAAUUUCUUCCUUU